AUGGCCCCCGUACCACCCUCGGCAGAGCCGUCUAGCGCGCCCCUCGCCGACUACUUCUUCAUAUCCGGCAUUGAGUCGUCCCAGGUCCACGACGCCCAGAGGUCCAACGGCGCUGCCGUCGCCCCCCAGGAAUCCACCAUCGAGGAGGAUGCUGCCCUGGAGACCGACACCGAGCCCCGUCCCCGCUCCUCCGACGGCCUCUCGCUCUCCAGGCUCGUGAGCAAUGAUCGCAAUUCCAUGGCGAGCGGCAUGGACCCUGACAAUGGUCCCGGCCCCACCGCAAGUAACCGCAGCAGCGCGACCAUCAAGGGCUUCCCGCAGAUUGGCGGUUCUGGCUUGAGUGACGAGGACUUUGACAAUGCCCUGCGAAAGUUCGCCGCCGAACGAGAGACAUUCCUCGAGGAGAUACAGUUCAGCGCCGGCACGCUUGCCAAAGAGGACAAGCCGAGACCGAGGCCUAGGACGCAAAGGAUUGUGAGCGAGGAUAUGGACGCAAGCGGGCUGGGCGUGGGCAUUGGGAGCAUCAGGAGAAGAAUUAGCACCAUGAGCAGUAUGAAGAGGCAACCAAGCAUGAUGCGUACCUCUUCCAUUCGAACUUCAAGAAGAAUGAGUGGAUACAACUCCGUCAUACCAGCUCCGCAGCCUUUCCACCCUACGCCCAAUAUGCACCCCCUGAAGAGACGGUACGAGCCGGUGCUGCUUGAUAGGUAUCCCCCUAAGAACAUGGUGGACGAGCUCAAGAGGAGGAACCCCUUCCCCGAUUACGUGCCCAUGUUCGCGUUUCCCAACGACGUGAACGUAGUCUCUUCAGACGAAAGGCCGCGGUCAACUUGGCAUGGAUUCGCCAUGACGAACGGAGAUGGAUCCAAACUUUACGGCAUUUGUCUGACGAUCUGGCUUCCCCUGAACCCGGUGGCAGCCGAGGAACUGGAACGGCAGUGCGAGGAGUGGCGAAAGGCAAACAUGACGCCAGAAGAGAGGGAACUAGCAGGCAGCCUGGGAGAGCGACUUGCGCUUGAGCGGGCCAAGCUGUCGAGGUUAUUGGCCCAACUACCCACGAUACCUUCGGGAUCAGAGGACAGAGAAGCGCUGGAGGACGACAUCAGCGCAGUUGAGGAGAAGAUCAGCCUCAUGAACGACCUGCUGCGGCCCGUCCGGCACGGCGCUGCGUCGAAGAUCGAUGGGCUGACUGAUGGCGAGACCGGACUCUGGAUCCCACGGGCGUACGGCGUGCUUGGACGGGACGGCGGCAUGACCAGCUUCUGGAAGGAAUGGCUGAGGGCCAUAGUCACACCAAUGACAAAUGGUGGCAUCCUCAGGGUUCCGGCGAGCUCGCCCCGGAUUGGCAUGUGGCAACCUCUCGAGCGCUAUGUUGUAAACCUCUGCGCAGAAGCAUUGAGUCCCAUUUCGUCAAUCACCCAAGUCGAGCUUGCUGUCCGGGAGCUGCGUAUGUAUGCCCGGAAGGAGGCAGCCAACGAGAUCCCGGGUUCCCGCAACACCGACCUCUACGCCUUGUUCCGCUGCCUCUCGAUCCAGAAUAUAGUCGCGCUUUUCGAAUGCGUUCUUACCGAAGGACGCAUUAUCCUUUUAUCCUCUCACACGAGCAUGUUGCACCUUGCGAGCGCGGCCAUUACACACCUUCUGUAUCCGAUGAAAUGGGCAGGAGUGUUCAUCCCCGUCCUACCGUCACGCCUCAUCCAAGCUUUGGAAGCACCUUGCCCUUAUAUUGUGGGUAUUGAGCGUCGCUACGAGUCUGUAGAGCUUCCCGAGGAUGACUUCGUCCUCGUCGACUUGGAUCAGAAUGUUAUCGAAAGCACUGCACCGCCUAUUCCUCUCCCUCGCCAGCAACGCCGGAAGCUUGUCUCCCUCCUUCAACUUGCUGCGCCUCACCAUAUCAAAUAUGGCGUCCCGGUCGGCCCUCCCGCUUACGCCGUAGACGCGUUCCCCCAUGAUUCUUUCUCUUCCGAAAACACAUCUGUGUUUACUCACCGGGCGCCUCGUUCCACUCUUGCUACGUACGUCAGCCUCAAUUCAGCAUCGUUCGGGACCGUAGGAGCCACUGGCACAUUGCCCCGGCACUCUAUCUUCAAUGCCUUUUUGCAAUCUAGGGCUGAAAGUCGCGGAGCUCCCGAGAGCCGUGGAACGGUCGAGAGCCGCGGAGGCGAUAGGCCUUCUACAAGCUCAACUGCUACAAACUCCACCAGGACUAACAACUCUCCUCCGUCUCCGAGGACUUCUCCUACAUCAACUGUGUUCCCUCCGCUGCCCUCUACUCCUAUUUCUCGCAGCGAUUCUGGCUACGCCUUGCAAGCGAGCCUCCGUGAGAAACGCUCCGGGCACUUCGAUUCAUCGUCUCGGAGGAGCUCUUCGUUUGGCGUUGAAAGAAUGAACACACUGCGCCGGCCAAGUCAGCCAUUCCUUGGCCAUUCGUCGAACUUGUCUACGUCCACUCUUAGCAACGAGAUCACUUCCUCGUACGCUCCAUCGGUUUAUGCCCAGUCCACUAUCGCCGCGUCGACGAUUAUGCCCACCGGCAUGUCCCAGACAGUUCGCAACACCGAUACCGUGCAAUGGAUCGAAGGCCACUGUAUGCAGUGGAGAUCACAGGACGAGAGGACGUCAUGUUCCGUCUGUGACGAGAAAUCAGAUGAGGGCAUUUACAGGUGCUCAAGCUGCAGUGUAAGCGCUCAUGCGCGGUGCGCGCAUCAAGUUUGCUUGGUUUGCCCUUCUGCCUUCCAUUCUGAACAAGUCCGAGCGGCUUUCGUCCGCUGUUUUGCUAGUUUGUUCUACACGUACAGGCGCUAUUUGGGACAACCUGGAUCCGACCAAAAGAAGUCGGGCCUACUCUAUCAUUUCAAUAUGGAAGGGUUCUUGAAGAGUAUGCCGAGCGAGAAUGCAGAGUACUUCGCCAUGCUGCAACAGACGCAAGCCUUCAAUGAAUUCAUCCACGAGCGGGAAACCAUUCGGCCAGAUGACCCACAAAUCAAGCUUUUCGAUCAAAUCAUUCUCUCCAAGAAGAACCGCGGUCGCACCUCCAUUUUCUCCAAGUCCUCGACGGACUUCCUCAACGACACCUCCGACCACCUUUGGCGCUCGGCUUCGGCCACCCCGCCGAGUGCUCGUUUCCCUGGCGACUACCGCCAAGUGAUCACCCGCAUCCCAGCGAAGCUCGACCCGACCCUCAUGAAAGAGCCAAGGGUCAUCCAAGGCGUACCGAGGAUUCCUCAGCAGAAAGCGAAGCGAAAGCCGAUUCCUUCUAUGUUGGGUAAAUGA